AUGAAACGAGUCACUGGAGUCUUUCUUACACUUUUGAGAUUUUCGCAGUUUGUAUCAUCAGUUUUGGUGAUGUCACUCUUGGCGUAUGCCAUCCAUGCCUACAAUGAUAAAGGUAACAAGAAAACCAACUUCACGUUGGCAACAGGCGUAAUCAGCGUGUUCUAUCUGAUUAUUUUGGGUAUUUUAUGUUUGGCUUUACCUACUCUAAUCUACAUAGGAAUGUAUUUCUGUGCAGAAUUGAUUAUGUGUCUACUAUGGUUGGCCGCUUUCAUCGUUCUCGCAUAUGCUCAAGGUCGUCACAGCUGUAAGAGCAGAAAUUCAAGUGGAGGAUAUUAUGACCCAUAUAGUGGGCAAUACACUAGUAGCAAUCAUAGAAGAGCCUGUAACUCUUCCCAAGCAGCAAUUGCCUUUGCCGGACUCACUUUUUUGCUAUUCUUGACUAGUGUAGUAUUAUUGGGAGUCAAUGUUUUAACACCAAUUAGAAGGCGCUAUAAAUCUCAAGGAUUAUGGAGAACUGGUGCUUCUAUGGGAACGAAACUUCAUAGAUGGAGUGGAUUGGCUUUAAGCGAGCCAUUUGAAGAAACUGCCGGUUACGGGAAUGGUAAUAUAAGAACCGAGGACGUUGAAGCAGGUACAGGCGCAGGUACAGGUGUAGAUUCAAAUACCGCUUAUGUAUCAGAUCCUAACGCUGACACACGCUAUGCUACCAAUGAUCCUAAUGGCCGCUACACCACAACCACAAAUACUAAUACACGUUAUACUACUACCACCCCUAAUGCAGAUGUGCGUUACACCACAAAUGAGCGCACUGCAAAUACCGCAAACGCUGUAACGGACCAGCAUACUUAUUCUACCGACGAAUCAGGUGGGCAUUCCUAUGACCAAGAGAAACUUGUAGAGGGGGCCGCUUCUGGUGCAAUGAGCGGCAGUACUGCAGACCCAAAUAGGAACGUCAACCCUAUGCCAUGA